UCAUUUCUUACUAUUUGAUUACUAAAUUUACUUUCAAACUUAAAGUUAAAAAUGAAAUCAACUCUAUUUGUUGCUUUAAGUGCUCUUGCAAUUUCAGGUUCAUUUGCAGUUUUACUCAAAGGUUCAUGUCCAAAACCAGAGAAACCCAAAGGCGAUAAUUGGGCUUUUUCAAAUAUUCUAGGAGAUUGGAAGGUCUUAUAUCGAAGUGAGGAAACUGUUCCAAGAUCAGUCUGGAACACCCUUGAAAUUCAUCACCUUUACCCUGGAAAAGUCGUCAUGAUUGAGUAUGGCAAUGCUCGCGACAAUGAUGUAAAGUCACUAUUUGAUUUAUACAUGGACAUGACUGUUGGUGAUUUUGGUGGUAAAUCAUAUUACGAUGUUCUUACCAAUGAAUUCGAUCCCUACUCAUUCAACUUCACAACCUCAGAUGGACAUCAAGGCCAGAUCACGGUACCUUAUUUUGGUCGCCCCAAGUAUGCUGAAGCCCUCUUGGCAAGUUGUGUUAAAAUUGAUGAGACAGUUGUUGAUGUCAAAACAUGGUUCAUUUCAAAAACUGAAUAUAUUGAUUACCUUCCAAGUGAGGUUACAAGUUUUGUUAAAUCAUUCACUGGACAAUCAUUGACUGAAGUCUGUCAAGGAAGCUUCUGUUAAUCAAGUUAAUCAAACGCAUAACCAAGUAACAUAAUUAAAUUUACGCAAACAGUUAAACUCUUGAUUUUUCCAAUGUAAAAAUUCGUAAACAAGAAUAUUAAAUAAUUUUUCAAAGCAAAAUU